AUCAUGGCAGUAGGGAGCUUCUUUUUACCACUGCUGCUGUUGCUGGGCCUGGAUUGUGAGACGGCUUUCACCCGUGCCUUUGUCCCCAACCACUUCCAGCAGCACGAAGUCCUUCACCUGGACUGGCCCUGGGACUGCGGCCUGGCGCACUUUAAACCCAAUACUGCGCAGCGCAUUGUAUCAGGCACUGAAGCCAUACCACACUCCUGGCCAUGGCAGGUCUCACUGCAGGUUCGCCCCAGAGGCAGCAAGCACUAUGUCCAUGUGUGUGGAGGAACUUUGAUCCAUAAGAACUGGGUGCUCACUGCAGCCCAUUGCUUCCAGAAAGGGAAACCUGAGGAUGUGAGCAGCUGGCGCCUUGUGUUGGGAAAGCACCAGCUGAAGAGGCCCGACAUGGCUGAGCACAUUUUCCCCGUCAAGAGAAUCUACAGACACGAGCGUUUCCGUUACCCGAUGCACAGCGAGCUGGACUACGACAUUGCUCUGGUUAAAGUAAGCACAGAAAUUAUGCCCACUAACUUUGUGCGCUACGCCUGCCUGCCGCAGAAGCAGACCAACCUAAAACCAGGCCAUUACUGUUGGGUGACUGGAUGGGGUGACAUACGAGGUGGGAAAGCGAACGUGUCUCUGGCCGACGCACUGAAUCAAGCCCGUCUGCCUAUCAUCGACCACAAAACAUGCCGGCAGAAAAAGUUCUGGGGAGAGCGUGUGAGAGACUCCAUGAUCUGUGCUGGAUUCAGAGACACAGGGGGCCCUCCAGCUGCCUGCCAGGGAGAUUCAGGUGGCCCUCUCAUGUGCCAGCUGGGACAGGACCGCUGGGAGGUACAUGGCGUGGUGAGCUUCGGCUCCAUCGGCUGCACCGUGGAGAACAAGCCCAGCGUCUUUACACGCACUGCUGACUACAUUCCCUGGAUUGAGGCCACCCGCAUCAGAGACUUCUUCCUUCAUUGAGCUGCCCAUCUUCAAUUAACUGCACAUUUAGCUCUCAGGGAAGCACAGUGAGAGUCUAGUCUCACACACCAACUCACCUGCCUCACCACUGAAUAAUGAGAACAUCAAGCACUGCCAUAAAACAUCUGCGCUAGGAGAGUUACAGCUAUGCUCGCAAGACUGCACUGCUUGUUAAUAAAUAGAAGUCAUCAAACCCUUAAGUGCUUCCAAAGCUUUAAAGCAAACUUUCGCUUUACUGGUUUGAACACUGUUCUUUUAAAAUACAUCAGUACUAUCAAUCCUGAAAUUUCUCUCUAUUCAUUUCAGUUUGGAUUUUGCUCAGAAAGCCAACUACAGACUUUGUUGUGUCUGUGGGAUUUGACUUCCAUAGCUCAUUUCCCUUUCAUAGUCUCACUUAAAAGGCAGAAAUUUCAAAGGCACGGAGUGUUACAAAUAUCACAACAGGGCUUUGAAAUGGGCUAAAAGGACAGCUUCUAAUCUAAAACUCACCAAGCAAGAUGUCUGCCAAAAACUUGCUAUGCCUGCUUGCUUGUAGCUCUGCUUAAUGUUGUCAAGUUUGGACCAGAUAUGUGCACCACCUUUCAUCUGCACACAGUACAUAGCAAGACGCUAAUGUCAGCACUGCAUUUAACAUACAGCAUUCUUCUUAGGAACUGACCAAGAAAAACUGUGCUGAGGAUGGGGGCAUACUUUGCAAACAUACAUACACACAAAAAAACCCACAACAAAAAAUAGACAAAAUAUUGCGAUUAAAGAAAAAUACAGCUGAACUCACUAUUUGGAAAAGUAACAGCCAACACAAACCAUCCAUAAAGUAAAACCACCAUCAAGUCUUUAGACAUACAUUCUGUACUUUGCUAUUAAAUUGAUGGAGAAAAAAAAACAUAUAAGUUGACAUGUGCUGGUUAUUAAAUGUCAUAUCAGAAUCCAAACGUAUCUCUGGAGAGCCAUGGCUCGGCUCACUCCUUUCAGUGCCAGCACAUUAUCUCACCAGCCGAUCCUCAACGUCCGAGGAUAAUAAACGGUACUAUUUAAAUAUACACAACACAUGUAAAGUCAGCUAUGAGCGAAAUAUCGU